GUGGCGGAGAGGUGGGGGGGGGGGAAGGGUGGAGCGCGUUUAUCAAACGCUUGAUAUGGGGAGCGAGGGCGGCGGCCGAGGGCGGUCAAACCGCCUGCCCGUGGACCGCGCCCAUCCUUGUCCGCUCCCACCGCUCCUUCCUCUCCUCCCCUUCCUCUCUCCUCCACCCCUCUUUAUAUGCUCCUCCGCCCGCCCCUCUCUUGCCUCAAACCCAACCCAACCGCCUACCUCUCUUGAUCAGGAGGAGAAGGAGAAGUAGCUCUUACGAUGGCACCGAGGGUGAAGGCUGCCAACGGCCGCGACGGUUGCGGCGGCGGCGGAGGAGAAUGGAAGGGGGCUCGGUACCGGGGCGUCCGGCAGCGGCCUUGGGGCCGGUACGCGGCGGAGAUCCGCGACCCGGCCAAGAAGUGCCGCGUCUGGCUCGGCACCUUCGACACCGCCGAGGAGGCCGCCCGCGCCUACGACACCGCGGCGCGCCGGUUCCGCGGCCCUAAGGCCAAGACCAACUUCCCCUGCCCGCUCGACCCCCUCGGUUCCGCUCCCGCCGCCCCAGCCGCCGUCACCAUUGCAGCGGUCCACGGCGCCGGCGCUGCCGCGUGCUCCAGCCCCAGCGUCAGCACCGUCGAGUCGUCCACCCCAUCGAGGAAACCCGCCGCGCUGGAUCUCGAGUUCAGGCACCCGCCCGCCCGGUUCCCCUUCGCGCACUACCUUCCCGCGGCGGCGCGCCCUCUGGUGUUCUUCGACCCGAUCGCCGCCUCCAAGGCGGCGGCGGCGGCUCGUCCGGUUGGGCUGCCGGGGUUAAGAAGAGAUUUAAGAGCGCCGGUGUGUGGCGGGGUGGAGAGCGACUCGGACUCGUCGUCGGUGGUGGAUUGCCCUGGCACCCCGACGGGGAGGAUUCGCUUCGAAUUGGAUCUCAACCUGCCGCCUCCGUCGGAGGUCGCGUGAUGGAGGCGCGGAGCCGUCGAUCGACUUUUCGUCUUAUUUUUGAAGCUGUUGUAAAUAACUUAUUUUCUCUCGAUAAAUAUUAGGCAUCUAUCUCACGGAGCAGAAGACAUGUUUUCAAUACAUUAAAAAUUGUUCUUCUAUACAACUUAUAAAUAUUUCUAUUUGAAGAAACUUGGACGAAAAA